GUAAGGUGGUUGCAAAGUUCAUUCGGCUGAAGUGGAGUCGGGUGAUGGAUGGUAUUGUAAUUUUGUUUUUGAGCAUGGAUGGUCUUGUAAUUUGAAGUACGAUUGUUAGCGCGUAGGAACAUGAGCAAAAGGAUUACGGAGAGUACAAAGAGAAGACGCACGCCGAGGGCAAGGGAAAAAGCUAUAUUUUGAUUCAGCGAACAGCGAUAGAAAAAGAUUGGUGGGAUCCAUUAAAAUGCGCGCAAAAGCUACAAAAGAAAACAAAAGAAAAUGAAUAUUCUGAGCCAGGACCAACCAAACACAACAGCAAAACUCUUCUCCUCCCCGUGGGCCCGUUUCCGCCAUAGCCAAGAACGAGCCCCCACCUCAACAUUCAUCCCAUCAUUGCCAUUAAGAAUUUCUCUUCCUCUCUCUCAUCUACAUUUUUGCGAUUCGCAUAACAUUGCUGGGUCUUCUUGAUAACAGAGUCUUCUUUGUCUUUCCUGAUUUGGGUUUUAUUUUUUUUUUCUUUUUACUAGUAAAGAAUCAAAGAGAACUUCAAAUAAAUUAGGUUUUGAUGAGGCGUUGUUUGUGAGGUAAGUUGGUUUCUUUGGCUUCCUUCUGGAUUUUGCUAUAAUGGGGAAUUGCUGGUGUAAGUGGGAGCCUUCCAUUUACAGAGUCUCAUCUAAUGCUAAAUCAGAGUCUCCCAAAGACCAGAGUCCCUCAGAAAAACAAAGGAGGGAUGACAGUAAGUUGCCCUCAAAUCCCAAAGAAGUAGAAGACUUACGUCGUGAUUCUGCUGUGAAUCCGUUGAUCGCAUUCACGUUUGAAGAGUUGAAGAUUAUCACAGGAAAUUUUAGGCAAGACCGUGUGUUGGGUGGAGGAGGUUUCGGAAGUGUUUAUAAAGGCUUCAUUUCCGAGGACUUGAGGGAGGGGCUUCAGCUUCAGCUUGAGCUUCAGCCCUUUCCUGUUGCUGUAAAGGUGCAUGACGGUGAUAACAGUUAUCAAGGACACAGGGAAUGGCUGGCAGAGGUCAUAUUCCUGGGGCAGCUUUCUCAUCCAAAUUUGGUCAAACUAAUUGGGUACUGCUGCGAAGAUGACCACCGUGUACUAAUAUACGAGUAUAUGGCUCGUGGCAGUGUGGAAAACAAUCUUUUUUCAAGAGUAUUGCUUCCUCUUCCAUGGUCAACUAGAAUGAAGAUUGCAUUUGGUGCUGCUAAAGGACUUGCCUUUCUCCAUGAAGCAGAGAAACCCGUCAUCUACCGCGAUUUUAAGACAUCUAAUAUUCUAUUGGACCUGGAUUACAACGCCAAGCUCUCUGAUUUUGGGCUUGCGAAAGAUGGACCGGUGGGAGACAAAUCUCAUGUUUCCACUCGCAUAAUGGGAACAUAUGGCUAUGCAGCACCUGAGUACAUCAUGACUGGACAUCUGACUCCUCGAAGUGAUGUGUACAGCUUUGGUGUUGUUCUUCUUGAACUUCUGACAGGAAGGAAAUCCUUAGACAAGUCACGGCCAGCCCGUGAACAGAACCUCACCGAAUGGGCUCUACCUCUACUUAAAGAGAAGAAGAAAUUAGUCAACAUAAUAGAUCCAAGAUUAGAAGGAGAUUAUUCCAUCAAAGGGGUACACAAAGCUUCCAUGCUAGUUUAUCAUUGCUUGAAUCGGAAUCCCAAAGCAAGGCCUCUAAUGCGAGAUAUAGUAGAUUCAUUGGAGCCUCUGCAGCAUUCUGACCAAGUUCCAACUGAAAAAGCUGUCAUAACUGUGAUUACUGAGGUACCAAACGAAGAGUUAAAGGUUAAGAACUGACCCCCACUCUCUUUUAUUUGGUCAACUUUCUUCUCCAGGAGAGUUUUUGCAAUAUUAUAGCUGCUUCGUCAACCCUGUUUUUUUUUUCUUCUGUCUCAAACAUGGUCAGUACAGUUGCUUGCUAUUUGAUUUUUGUAAACAUCUCUCAAUCAUAAUACCCAGUUUGUACUUGUAUACCUCAACCACACCUCUUAUUGUAGUCAUUUAGGUAACGUUUGGUGCACAAAAUUAUGGGAGGAUAAAAUAAAAUAAUAUUAUAAAUAAGAUUAGAUUAAAUA